CGGCGGCAGCGCAGCGCGCGUGCGUGACUCUGUCCUCUAGUUGACGUCGCGUAGCUGCAGCAGCGAGUCGUGUUUACUGUUAACUUCGCGCCAGCUCACUUCUCUUCGUCGUUGUGUCAUCUCCUGACGGACCAUGGCCGGGACCCUGGCGCGCAAAGCCGUGGAUCAUCUCCGCAGCAAAGAGUUCAGAGAUUACCUCAUGAGCACACAUUUCUGGGGUCCGGUGGCGAACUGGGGCCUGCCCAUCGCCGCCAUCAGUGACAUGAAGAAGAGUCCAGAGAUCAUCAGCGGCAGAAUGACCUUCGCUCUCACCUGCUACUCGCUGCUCUUCAUGCGCUUCGCCUACAAGGUCCAGCCCAGAAACUGGCUUCUGUUCGCCUGCCACUUCACCAACGAAGCCGCUCAGCUCGUCCAGGGCAGCAGACUCAUCAAAUACAACAUGGAGAAGAAGAUGGCCAAAUAACGGAUUACGUGCUCAGACGUCACGGUCAUGUUUAGUACUGCAACAUCUCAUCUGUUUUAACACAAUAAAUAAUCAUUCGGAAACUUAGGUGAUUGGUUUUAUGCUGUUUUCUCUCUGUUACACAUUUAACAUUUUAAGCCUUAUGACACCGCUUGGAAGGUUAUGGUUUUUAUGUAAUGUAGAAAUAUUUGAUUAAUUUAUUUCCGUGCUUAAUGCGAUCAGUAGUUAUGUUGGUGAAUAUGGAGAAAAUAAAACAUGUAAUAAUG